AUGAAACUAAUGAUGUUAUUGACGGUAUUGUCCUUAUUGGCUGUGGCUGGCAUUCAAGCUAAAAAUAUUGGCACUCUUCGAGAGUUGCCCGAUAUUACCUCAGCUUCGCUACCCCAGAAGCAAUGGUACACACAGGACGGGCAGGGCCAGGCUAAUUUCGGCUAUGCUUACCCCGGCCAGGCUGCCAGCAACAUUCGCGAUGCUGAUGGUAACAUGGCCGGUUCUUGGAGUUAUGUCGACGCUGAUGGUAACCUGGUCCGUGCCACUUACACGGCUGGGCGAGAGCAAGGCUUCCUCGUCUCUUCCACCAACGAAGGGCCAGCAGUCGCUCCUAAAGCUCCUGCAUCCGAUCCGGACAAAGUGGCUCCCAUAAUUUCUGGUUGCAAUGCCGUAGGUCGUUCCACCCACCAAGAGCCUAAAUUCCGGAUGGUAGGAAGUGAAGAAGUCAACCAGAAUCAAUAUCCUUUCAUGGUGGGAUUGGCUGAAACUGUCCUCGAUGACGGUUGGUUCUAUCACGUUUGCGGUGGAUCUCUGAUUACUCCGACAAAGAUCCUGACAGCGGCUCACUGCGUCACCCACGUCAACUCUACCAAAGCCCUCAGCCCUAAGCGUUUCGAAGUCAGACUGGGCAUGCACAAACAGAACAGUAACGAAAACGACGCCGAGCAAACGCACAGCGUCGGCAAAAUCAAAGUUCACGAGGAUUACAACUGGAAGUCGGUCGAAAACGACUUGGCCAUCCUGACGCUGGACGUGCCCGUGACAUACACGGACAAAGUUGCGCCCAUUUGCCUGGUGCCCAAAUGUUUCGACGGUAACGACCAAACGGUGACCGCCAUGGGAUGGGGACACACUACGGAUGGAGGCAAGAAUUCCCAUGUCCUCCGGCACGCUGCCUUGUCGGUUGUCAACAACGAGCAAUGCAAAAUCGACGUGAAUGAUAAAUACCUGGCCGACAGUGCCUUGUGCGCCUUUGCUGACGGACGAGACACUUGCCAAAACGACAGCGGCGGUCCACUGGUCCUUGAAUACCCGGAAGACACGAAAUGCCGUUUCAAGCAGAUCGGUGUCGUCAGCUACGGAGAUAAAUGCGCCUCGGGCAAACCAGGAGUCUACGCCAAAGUGGCAUCGUUCGUACCUUGGGUAGAAGAAAACGCUCAAUUAGAUUGAGCCAUGCACAAUUACAUUAUUCACUUCCCCGGCCGCCGACCCUAUACUGGAAAACCGGACGCGACUUUGUACUGAUGUUGGGAAUUCCGUUUCGACUUUUGAUGAUGCAAAUCCAAACAGCAGAUGGAGUGGUGAAGCAGCUUUUUUUAAUUAUUAUUUGAUCAAUCAGUUAUAAAAAUGUAUUUAAUCAAAAUCGUUUGGUUUCAUUGUUGAUUGAAGUCUUAUUCAAAAUACAAUUCAACCUUUCAGCUGCAUUAAAAAAGCUAAA